GGAAGCCUCUUAUUGCCAUAGGUUAACUAAAUCAAAUUAAAGUAUUAAAGAAACACUAACUGGGUGUUUCGUUCCAGGCAAUCUAGAACUCGUAGAUUCUUGACGUAAUGUGUGUCAUAUUUAUUCUACCAAAAAGUACGCACUUAUUUAGUGAAGUCGUGCAAGCGGAUUUUAAUAACAUCGAAAUAUAAUGGAAGUAAUUUUAGAUUGUUUUUUUGAAAACUUUGCUCAAUUGGAGCGUAACACCUUACAUGCCAGUUAUAAGAGACGCGAUUUGGUUGAAUACUUUAACACAUUAAUCGAAGGAUGUUGUCGAGGAGAAAAUAGCGAGCCGCAGAUUGUCGUACAAAAGGCUAUUGUCGCCAUAUUGAGGUAUCACGAAAAUUCGAUGAAGUCCAACGGGUCGGUGUGCCAAAUGGGAAAUUAUCACAAUAUCCUCUACGUUGCGGUUAAGCUGUGUUAUGACUGGCAGUUGAAAGAUACCCCGACCGUCGCGGCGCUUUUAGAUCAUAUUUUUUUGUGCGAAAAUACAUUUGAGCGGAUAUGGGUCGGUGCUCUGUUCGGCGUACGCGCCCCUUACUUUAUUGCAGGGUGGAAAAGCGACUUCAAGGAUCAGGAGGAGAAUCUUCGAGCCAGUGUCUAUUUUUUAGAUCACGCCAGAAACGCAAAUCUGGAAUACUCGCAUGAAAGUGACGAAAAGAUGAGAUACAUCGACGUUCCUAUUGAAAGCUGCGGAAAAUCUACUCCACUCAAAAUCCUCGUACAGCUCGGAGUCCCCGACAAACUCCACAUUUUGCUGCGUUUCGGCGCUUUGGAUGACAAAAAUAAAAGCGUGUGCGAAAGUUUGUUGGACAAUUUAUAUUCGUACAAACGAACGUAUCCCUAUAAUCUAAUAAGCUGCCUACAACUCCUACUGCGUGCCUUACCCAGUAUUUGUCUAGACAAAGAUGGCCAGUGCGACCCGGAUUCAAAUUAUCAGAGGGAUUCGAUUGCAUUAAAAUAUCCUUGCUUAAUCGAGGAUGGUAUCAUUCCGAUUGCAAGGUGCGGUGUAGAGCCCCCGGAAUUAAAACAUUUGUGCCGCUGCUGCAUUCGACAGCAGUUAUGGCAGAAUUACAUGUUACCUAACGGCAUAAGAAUGUUACCUGUACCGGAAUUUCUUCAUCGAUAUCUAGACUUGUUAGCCGAUUAAACUCGCGCAAGCGACUGUUAACUUUAUAAAUUGUUUAGUGGUA